ACCCUAAGCGAGCUGGUCAAAGACCACAAGACCGAAGAAUUAACCGAUGACGUCACUCUCAAAUUUGAUAGAAUUCAAUCGUGCGACUUCUCCAUUCUGUUCGGCGCGUGGGGAACUCUCAAAAAACGAGAUUGGCCAGAUGUAGGCUGAAGUCAAACCAGCUCGAGCCACAUUGCAAUUAUCUCUCCCACCUACUAGCUAGAAUUGAAACGACAAGAUGACCCAGACAGCUAAACCCGCUGUCGACAUCCGACCCGCCAUGUUUCCCAACGACAGGACCAUUGUCGGAGAACUCUUCCUCGCAUACGCGCAAUCUCUUCCCAUCAGUCUUGAUUUCCAAAACUUCGAGCACGAACUAGCUGGACUUCCAGGGAAAUACGCAGUAGGGAAUGGCGGGGCAUUGUAUCUUGCGUACACCACAUCCUCAACCGAACCAUUCUCAGAGCAGGUGAUAGGAUGUGUAGCCAUCCGCCCGUUCACACCACCAGAGUCUUGCGAGCUCAAGCGACUCUAUCUGACGCCCGAAUCACGAGGAUUGGGCGUAUCGAAGAUUUUGAUGGACGCUGCUUUGUGCAAAGCAAAGGAGCUGGGGUACAAAGAGAUGCUGCUGGAUACGCUGAGGAGUAUGACGCCUGCGAGGAGGCUGUAUGAAGGAUAUGGGUUUGUGGAGACCGAAGAGUACUACAAGAGUGUCGAAGACGCUGUCUUCUAUCGGCUGGUUCUACGAGCAAACUACUGAUUCCGUGAGAUAUUGCUCAUAAUCACGGACGCGUUUUUGGUGCUGCGAAUGAAAGCCACGACGACUUGGGGAACCGUUAGACUACAUCUGAAGCCUUGUUCAAGAGAUCCGGAAGGACUGUAAAAACAACAAGUUAGACAACCAGCCACCGACAGCUCCAGAUAAUGGAUGGCAGGUGUUAAAGUUGCUUGGCGUUGAAGCAAUUAAAGUUUGCGGCGUGAUUUCGCGCGUCGAUGACGCAUUCCAUCUUUUCGCUUAGCGCGUCGCCAUUUCGCGUCGCGACUGAGAGU